AUGCCCCCAAAAUCUAAGAAAGAGAACCGACCUCCAGCAGGUUCUAGUAAAGUGAAGUCGACCAAUGGCGGUGUGAAAAAACCUGUCAAGGCUACGAAAGGAAGUCCCGGCAGUGAUCAGGCGAGUGUUACUCCGACGAACAAGACACCCUCCAAGGCAAAGGGCACUUCUAUGCAGCAGGCUGCAAAGUCGAACAGCACCUCAGGUGUGAAGCACACUUCCGCGUCAAUGGCGCGUGACAAGGGGGACGCAGAAGCCGAGCUAGUGAGGCUUCGAGCCAAAGUGGCAGAGUUAGAGAAGGAGUCCCGGAAGCUGGAGGCUUCAGCGAAGAAGUCUCGCAGACGCCUGAACCAUGUGGAGCGACUCAUUCCUAAACCGAAGGGCACCGUUGGCAAGGAUCUUCGUCUGCAGCACGAGAUGGGUUUGAACAGGAACAAGCCCCUUUAUUCUCAAUGCCUUGCAUCUGUUCGGGAUGCUAGCAAGUCCGUGCGUCUUGAUAUUCUGAAGGGAAUCCGGUCCCAGGACCGAAAGAAGAUGGGGGACCUGUAUGAUCUGGCCCGCCAUGACCAACCGUACCUCAAGCGCUUCCAGGGCGAUUGGGCAAUCACACAGAUCCUUAUACAGUACCUUUCUAACCGCCGCAAGAAGGCCAUUCGGGACGGCACUGCAGUCAUCACAGAGGACGAGCAUGGCCAUCGUGUCUUGGUGCUAUCGCAGACCGCUUUGAGGCCUGAUGUCAAGAAGGUCCAGGCCAUCGUCAGUGAUGACAGCGAGGACUCUGAACUGGAUGACAAUGCCCACAUGAUCAUCGACGAUGAAGACGGCAUCCUCGACGAUGAGGAGGUCUCUGUGGAUGAAGGCGAUGAAGACGAAGACGACGCUGACAACAAUGGCUCGGAGGAUGAUGAGAAAGAAGACUCUUCGUUGUCCUCCGAUGACGACAGCUCCAGCUUGGAUGAAAGCCACCCACCGAGCGGCAAGGAGGACGCGAACAACGGCUUCAACGAGGCUCAGGCCAGGCAGUCCAGAAAUGAAGACGACGACAGCCCAGACCGUGACCACGACAAUCACGACGAUGAGGAGAGCAUGCCAAUGGAACAGGACGAUGGCAUACAGGUGAUGCCCCGUCCCGAUGUCCAAGACGGUGAUGGCAACCACCCCGACGAGAACGUUGAGCCCGACACCGCUGUCAACUAUACCACACCUGCCACUCCGACCAAGCCACCGUCAAAGGGUCACAACAGGGCUCCUGAAGCCGCAACUGGCAAGAAGCACCCUGAGAAGGGCAAGACAACGAGCAAGACAGCAAGCAAGAAGACAGAAGCGCAGCAGGCGAAGGCGAAUGAUGCCCAGAAGAAGGCGACAAGGGCCAACGCCACGAAGGAGAAGAAGGCGAAGGCCAACGCUUCGAAGGAGAAGGAGAAGCCGACGAAGGCACCACGCAAGACGAAGGAGCGGAUGACAAAGGCGGUCAAGCGUGAGCUCAUGGCUCAGGGGGAGGACGACGACGAGAAUGAGGGUGAGGAGGACGUUCGGCCGUCGCCCAAGCGGCGCAAUUUGGGUAAGGUGGUUCCGAAUGCGUCCUCGUGGAGCGUCCCCGCGCCGCUGGGCGAGCACGAUUGCACGAAAGACCACGUGCGGGACUGGCCCGGGUGGGCGCGCGAGUUCGUGGACGACGGCGGCGGGGCGCGCGUCGUCCGCCUCGCGUUUACGCGCUCGACGCUCGCCCCGGUGAUCACUAGGGUGUUCCACCUCGAGCUCGCAGGACGGCGGUACGAGGAUAUGAUGGCGUCGCGGAACGUGUGGUUCCCGCCGCGGGCGCAGUCGGAUGUGGAUGCGAUUCUCGCCGAGCAGGGCGCGGGGGGAGCGGGAACGAGAGCUUGCGGCGGCGCCGUGCGCGAGGAGCACUGGCAGACCAUCGUGCCGCUCGAAACGCGCUCCACGGAGCUCCUCGCAGCCCAGGUCUUCCUCACCCGUGCGGACGACGUGACAGACGAGUGGGUGCUUGGCUCGAACCCCCACGACCCCACCACCUCGACGAUGUUCUACCCCCGCGACGCACCCCUGCUCAUGCGGCACACUACACCCUCACACCUCGCCAGCCUCAACGGCAGCGGCGACGACAUGCUCACCUCCGGCGCGUACGGCACCUCGAAGGACUCGGCUCAUGUCACUCACCUCGCUCGGCACCGAGGCUCUGGCGUCGCUCGCGCUUCGCCAUCCUCACCGCCACAUGGGCAUGCGAGUGACAGCGUGCAGCGGCUUCGCGCCGCACCGCACGUGAGGCCGAGGACGAGGCUCACGCACUUUAAGCCCGCCGGUGGUUCCUGCGCCUUCAAUGGCAAUCCCCCAACAUGCGACCGUCUUCGAGACCAAUCGUACGUACAGGCUCAGUAA